AUGUCUGCCAUCCGCGCCUUUGCGACUCGUCGCUCCCCCGUCGUUUUCACCCAGCGCGCCGCCUUUUCGCAGUCAAUAGCUCGUCGCUCGGGCAAGGAGUCGGCUCUUCACACCGAAGGCCGCGCGGACGAAGUCGAGAAGAAGAAGCAGGAGCAAUUGAACAAGCGGAAGCAGGGCGAGGGACACUGGGAGGAGGGCCUUGCGAGUGAUAGCGAGAGCAUUGUCAAGGCGGACCGAGCGGAAACCGGAACGAGCACACAGGAGCAGAUCAAGAAACUGCAGGAAGAGUCGAAGAAGGUUGGUGGAAACUAG